UUACCCAAACAAGAAGAGGCGAGGCAAGUUUACUAUUUUUAGCGCAUGAAACAAUAGUAUCACACACACACCCACACACACAACAUAACUGAACGGAUUGACUAAAACACUCGAGAAAUUAAAGCAAAUAUAAUGAAUACAGAUUUGAGAUUUGAUAAAAAAAGAAAAAAGAAUUCAAGGAGUCGGCUGUCAUGUGAGAUGCCGCCCCUUCAGCACACCAAAUUCCUCGAAAAUGGUAAAUUAAGGUCGUAAGAGGAAGGAAAAGAAAGGGUCCAGAUUGCAUGCCCAAACCCAAUUUGUCUUUCACCCACACCGUUUCCUCCUCCCCUCUCCUUUCCUGACACCAAUUAACACGCCGGUGGCUCACAUCCUUCGUCUCCCUUUCCUUUCCCAGUAAUUGUAGUGUAUUACAAACUAGGUUAGAGUAAUCAUAUUAAAACUCAAACACAGAGCCAGAGGAAGAGAGCCUCCCUUUCAAAUACCACCAUACAAGACCUCAACAACUGAAAAAUCCCUGCUUUCAAGCCUUUCACUUCUUAACCACCAGAGGAGACUCCCUCUAAACACUAAUCUGCUCCCUCCCCAAAAUCGCAAGCGAAUCUCUCUAUCUAUAUUCAAACAAAAAACAGAGCAAUAAAAAGCAAAGCAGCAGUGCCCCCCCUCUCCCCGAUGGAGGAGUGCAUGAGAAAGCUAGCUCUAUGGCACACGCGAACGUUCAAUCCCGUUAUGACUCACCAAGAGCUUGAGCCCAUCAUGAUCAACAUGGGCUUCGUGGGCCUCCCCCCUUCCUCCCCCUCCGCGUCUUCCUCGUGGAAGGUGUACGCUUACAUGGCUAAGCCGCCUAAUUACAAGCACCACUACGACGACGCGAAGGCGCAGUCUGUAGCUCCGCUGCGGCCCAAGCUGCCUUACCCUAGGAUAGAUGGCCUCCACCUAUACACUUACCAGGCUUUCAUCGACGCCGUUAACUUCUACCUCGAGAUGUCUGAUAUCUCCGACCUCUUCCACAUUAGGGGGUUGCCGCUUCAUCGGAAUGUGGACAGAAGUAGAAAGUGGCGUCGAAUGGAGGACGAUGAGAGUGUGUUUGUUUACAGAGAGGGGACUCUUGAUCAAACAACAUACCAUCUUUAUCAUUCCGACAAGUCGGGCAAUGAAGAUGAUUCUGUGCUUAUUCGUGUCAAGGGCAAGAAUGCUCCUAUCACUUGCAUUGUCCCCCUGGAGGACAUCAUAGUAGCAUGAUUCCAAUAUCUGGUUGUUUCCG